AUGUUUUCUUCCAAGUUUCUAAGUGGUUCUAAUCCGCUCAGUGCCGUUUCCUCUGCUGUCAACAAAUUUGGAUUGUUUGGGGACGAUGGAGAUGGAGAUAAAAACCAGAAAGGCCAACAAGGGACGCAACAGCCUGCAGCUAGCCAGGGAAAAUCAAAAUGGACAGACUCUGCUCCUAAGUCUGCAGAGCAAGGACUGAGCAAAACACAGCAAAAAGAACCCACAAAGACUGAAGUAGGGUCCAAACCUGGAGCACAGCAAGGACAAACCAAAGUACCCAGUGUAGGAGGGGCACCCAAACCUGGUCCGCAAGGGGCACCCAAUGUAGUGGGUCAAACACAAGGGUCAUCUAAACCUGGUUCGCAGCAAGGGUCACCUAAUGUAGGGAGACAACAGCAAGGUCAAAAAGGACCACCCAAUGUAGGAGUCGCACCCCAACCUGCUCAGCAAGGGGCAGCCAAAGUAGUGGGUCAAAUGCAGGGGUCACCCAACACCGGAAGGCAACAGCAGCAAGGGGUGCCUAAACCGGGUCAGCAAAGGACACCCAGUGUCGGAGGGGCACCCAAACCUGCUUCACAGCAAGGGUCACCUAAUGUAGGGAGGCAACAGGCAGCGUCACCCAAACCAGGUCAACAGGGCCCACCAAAGUCUGCAUCUCCUGGAGCACCCAGGGCUGGGUCUGCAUCUCCCGCUGUGGCUAAACCUGGAGCUAAGUCUCGGAUCUGCACAGUCUGUAACACAACAGAGCUGAACAUGGACACCAAAGAGCCUCCCAACUACAAAACCUGUACGCAGUGUAAGACAGAGGUGUGCAGCCUGUGCGGAUUCAGCCCGCCAGAUUCCAAUGGCAAGGAGUGGCUGUGUCUUACCUGCCAGAUACAAAGAGCCCAAGGUCCUUCACCAUCGGGACCACAGAUGAAGAAACCAGGUCCUUCUCCUAACCAGAAAUCUCCUACGCCUGCGAAGAAAGACAUCGCUCAAUCAAGCUCCCCUUUAAAAUCUCAACCUGACCCAUCAAAAGCUCCAAAACCCACCACGGAGACGCAAAAACUACCCCAGAAAUCUGAAGCGAAUCCGGGCAAACAAAGCAGCGACGCCCCCCCAGCUCCUCAGCAGUCUGGGGGGUUAUUCGGAUUUGGCGGUUCCAAAACAGACACGGCAAAGUCCAAGGAUUCAGUCUCUGGGAAGAUGUUCGGCUUCGGUUCUUCCAUCUUGAGUUCCGCUUCGACUUUGAUAUCUUCGGAUGAAACCAAAGUAACACCACCGGUUUCUCCAAAAGUUCAAGUGGCAAACCAGGCCAAAAAAGUAGAUCAGGAAAAGGCUACAGGAAAAGGGCAAGCGAAAGUUGAAAUUAUGGAUACGUCAAAGGCUAAAGCAAUUUCGCUAAAGGAUGUACCGCUAGCUUGUCCGCUAUGUCACACUGGCCUGAACAGCUCGUCCGGGAAACCUAAUUACGACGCAUGUACGGACUGCAAGGGCAUCGUGUGCAUCCAGUGUGGAUUUGACCCCAUGCCAAACGUCAAAGAGGGGAGAGAGUGGCUGUGCUUGAACUGCCAGGUGAAGCGUGCCUCUGGAGGAGCCAAACCUGAGGUGAAAAAGACCCAAGCAACCCAACCAGCUCCACAGAAGACCUCCACACCUGCCUCACCCCAGACAAAACCACCACCGGCCAAGACUGAGGGGGCCAAGGCUCCUGACAAAGACAACCAGAAGAAACCCAGCCAACCUCCUGGAGCUAAACCAACCCAAGACGCUCCACCAAAACAAGCGGAUCAGACUGCUCCGAAGGCAAGAACCACUCCUGCUCCACCUCAGCAAGAGACGGGAGGCUUCUUUGGGUUUGGCGGUCCAAAAAGUCAACCCGAGCCAGCCAAACCAGCAGAGUCGGUUACUGGGAAAAUGUUCGGAUUUGGCUCUUCCAUUUUCAGCUCUGCCUCGACCUUGAUAACCUCGGCGGUCCAAGAUGAAUCCAAAAGUACGCCCCCAGUUUCACCCAAAAUGUCCAAAAGUGAGUCUAAACCCACUCCAGCCACCGCUGCCAAGAAACAAGAGCCAGAAAGGAAACCAGAGGAGGGGAAGGGUCAGCCAAAGGAGCAGACAAAGAAUCCAACGGGAAAAUCGGUCUGUCCGCUGUGUAAACUCCAGCUCAAUGUUGGAACUAAAGACCCUCCUAACUACAACACCUGUACUGAGUGCAAGAGCAUCGUGUGCAACCAGUGUGGCUUUAACCCAAUGCCAAAUGUCAAGGAGGUAAAGGAGUGGUUAUGCCUGAACUGUCAGAUGCAUCGAGCUCUAGGUGCAUCAGAGCAACCAGCAAUGCCAGCCAAGAAACCGCAGGCCUCCCCAAAUAAGGCCCCCACUCCGGCUGGUGCAGUGAAGAAGGAACCAUCUCCCCAGGUUCAGAAGAAAGACCAAUCAAAACCCAUAACCCAAGGUCCGGGCCCACCAGGAUCCCCACAAAGAAAACCACAAUCAGUAAAGCCUGACAAUGUUAAAGAACUUGAAAAACAGGUCCAAGGUAGUCCAAACCCUACUCCAAAAUCCCAAGAGAUCAGCAAGCCCAUGGAGUCUAAACCUAGCACUCUUCAAAGUAGUUCUGGUGGUCCAAAAGCUCCACCAGAACCUACGAAACCAGCUGAGUCAAUAGGUGGGAAGAUGUUCGGAUUUGGUUCUUCGAUAUUUAGCUCUGCAAGUUCAAUGAUAACUUCAGCCGUCCAGGAUGAAUCUAAAACAACGCCUCCAGUAUCUCCGAAAAUACCUACUGCCAAGACAACAAAAUCACCUCAGAUUCCGCAAAAAGACGAGGAAAAGAAACCAGGUCAGGUUAAUCAGCCAAAUGCAACUUCACUGCCCCAAGCCAAAGUGGAAAAGGCUCCGUCUCAGCCAGGGAAACAAACUGCCCCCACAGCAAUUAAAGCAUCUAAAACAACUGAAUCUGUCUCUGGGAAGAUGUUUGGAUUUGGUUCGUCCAUUUUCAGUUCAGCCUCCACUUUGAUAUCGUCAGCAGUUCAGGAUGAAUCUCGAACCACUCCGCCAUUGUCUCCUAAACCAUCUCCUGCAAAGGAAGCCAAGUCUCCUGUUUCACAAAAAACAGAGGAGCAGAAGAAAGAAGAGGCUAAAACCACCCCAGCUGAACAGACUAAACUGGACAAAGGUACACCACAGCCAACAAAGCCAGAAGCAGUAUCAGCAGCCCCAGCCGUCAAACCAGGACAAUCCACCUGUCCAUUGUGUAAGGUGCAGCUCAACAUGAACACCAAAGAGCCACCCAACUACAGCAACUGCACUGAGUGCAAGAGCACUGUGUGCAACCAGUGUGGCUUCAACCCUUCACCUAAUGACCUAACUGGACAGGAAUGGCUUUGCCUGAACUGUCAAGUGAAAAGAGCAGCUGCUGUACCAGAACCUCGGGCUCCUCAACUCAUCAAGUCACCAAGCAAAGCUCCUGCUGCAGAACAGAAGACAGACUCUGCUCCUGAGAAGAAGGAUACUACACAGCCUGUGCCACUAAAGAAGAUCCCAGAACCUCAGCCACAAGGCAAAGUCAGUGGACCUGCUGAAAAGAAGGAAGUUUUGGACCAGAAAGUGGCACAGCCCAAACCCCAGAAAACUCCAGAUCAGGGAACACAGUCUCCUCGAAGGCAGAGCAAGGAGCAGGAGUCUGGAGGCUUCUUUGGGUUUGGUGCUCCUAAAGCUCACCCUGAAUCUGGAAAGCCAGAGGAGUCAGUUGGAGGAAAAAUGUUUGGGUUUGGUUCUUCUAUCUUCAGUUCUGCAUCCACUUUAAUAACUUCGGCGACUUCCACUCCACCUGUUUCUCCUAAGCUGUCUCCUAAACCAUCUCCUGCAAAGGAAGCCAAGUCUCCUGUUUCACAAAAACCAGAGGAGCAGAAGAAAGCAGAGGCUAAAACUAUCCCAGGUGGACAGACUAAAGUGGACAAGGGUGCACCACAGCCAACCAAGAUAGAAGCAGUAUCAGCAGCCCCAGCCGUCAAACCAGGACAAUCCACCUGUCCAUUGUGUAAGAUUCAGCUCAACAUGAACACCAAAGAGCCACCCAACUACAGCAACUGCACUGAGUGCAAGAGCACUGUGUGCAACCAGUGUGGCUUCAACCCUUCACCUAAUGACCUAACUGGACAGGCAAAGGAAUGGCUUUGUCUGAACUGUCAGGUGAAAAGAGCAGCUGCUGUACCAGAGCCUCGGGCUCCUCAACUCAUCAAGUCACCAAGUAAAGCCCCUGCUUCAGAACAGAAGACAGACUCUGCUCCUGAGAAGAAGGACACCGCACAGCCUGUGCCACUAAAGAAGAUCCCAGAACCUCAGCCACAAGACAAAAUCAGUGGACCUGCUGAAAAGAAGGAAGUUCUGGACCAAAAAGUUGCACAGCCCAAACCCCAGAAAACUCCAGAUCAGGGAACACAGUCUCCUCGAAGGCAGAGCAAGGAGCAGGAGUCUGGAGGCUUCUUUGGGUUUGGUGCUCCUAAAGCUCACCCUGAAUCUGGAAAGCCAGAGGAGUCAGUUGGAGGGAAAAUGUUUGGGUUUGGUUCUUCUAUCUUCAGUUCUGCAUCCACUUUAAUAACUUCGGCAACUUCCACUCCACCUGUUUCUCCUAAGCUGUCUCCUAAACCAUCUCCUGCAAAGGAAGCCAAGUCUCCUGUUUCACAAAAACCAGAGGAGCAGAAGAAAGAAGAAACUAAAAUCAUCCCAACCGGACAGACUAAAAUGGAAAAAGGUACACCACAGCCAACAAAGACAGAAGCAGUAUCAGCAGCCCCAGCCGUCAAACCAGGACAAUCCACCUGUCCAUUGUGUAAAGUGCAGCUCAACAUGAACACCAAAGAGCCACCCAACUACAGCAACUGCACUGAGUGCAAGAGCACUGUGUGCAACCAGUGUGGCUUCAACCCUUCACCUAAUGACCUAACUGGACAGGUCAAGGAAUGGCUUUGCCUGAACUGUCAAGUGAAACAGAGAGCAGCUGCUGUACCAGAACCUCGGGCUCCUCAAGUCAUCAAGUCACCAAGCAAAGCUCCUGCUGCAGGACAGAAGACAGACUCUGCUCCUGAAAAGAAGGAUACUACACAGCCUGUGCCACUAAAGAAGACCCCAGAACCCGAGCUGAAAGGCAAAGUCAGUGGACCUGCUGAAAAGAAGGAAGUUUUGGACCAGAAAGUGGCACAGCCCAAACCCCAGAAAACUCCAGAUCAGGGAACACAGUCUCCUCGAAGGCAGAGCAAGGAGCAGGAGUCUGGAGGCUUCUUUGGGUUUGGUGCUCCUAAAGCUCACCCUGAAUCUGGAAAGCCAGAGGAGUCAGUUGGAGGGAAAAUGUUUGGGUUUGGUUCUUCUAUCUUCAGUUCUGCAUCCACUUUAAUAACUUCGGCAACUUCCACUCCACCUGUUUCUCCUAAGUUGUCUCCUAAACCAUCUCCUGCAAAGGAAGCCAAGUCUCCUGUUUCACAAAAACCAGAGGAGCAGAAGAAAGCAGAGGCUAAAACUAUCCCAGCUGGACAGACUAAAGUGGACAAGGGUGCACCACAGCCAACCAAGAUAGAAGCAGUAUCAGCAGCCCCAGCCCUCAAACCAGGACAAUCCACCUGUCCAUUGUGUAAGAUUCAGCUCAACAUGAACACCAAAGAGCCACCCAACUACAGCAACUGCACUGAGUGCAAGAGCACUGUGUGCAACCAGUGUGGCUUCAACCCUUCACCUAAUGACCUAACGGGUAAGGAGUGGUUGUGUCUUAAUUGUCAGACAAAAAGAGCUCUUUCUAUGGCUGAGACUCCAAAUAAAUUACCUGAAAAAACCCAGAAGAAAGAGCUCCCAAAAGCGGAUGCCAAUCAGAAGAAACCUUUACCCAUAGAAGAAAAAGACAAAAUAGAUACUACAAAGGCUAAACAAGAGGGGCCUGUCCCUGCUCCACCAAAGUCACAGGAGCCAGUGAAAACGCCUGAUCAAACAAGAAGACCAAGUAAUGCAUCUGUCAAGAGCCAGCCAGACUCCAGCGGAUUCUUUGGUUUAGGUGGGAAAGCCCAGCCAGAGUCUACAAAACCGGCCGAGUCUGUGUCAGGGAAAAUGUUUGGCUUUGGCUCCUCUCUCUUCAGCUCUGCUUCCACUUUAAUCUCGUCAGCAGUUCAGGACCAGCCUUUGACAACACCACCAGCUUCUCCAAAGUUGUCUAUAGCUAAAGAUGUCAAAGCUCCAGCCACACAGAAAGUUGAACCAGAGAAGAAAUCAGAACAGCCACAACAAACCAAAACUCCUCCAGUACCCCAGGCAAAAGCAGAGAAGGCUUCACCGUUACCUCCAAAGAAAACUGUCUCUCAAGAAGCAGUUAAGUUAGGUGAAGCUACUUGUCCUCUCUGUAAGGCUCAAUUGAACAUCGGCUCCAAGGAGGCACCAAACUACAAUUCCUGCACUGAAUGCAAGAAUAAUGUAUGCAACCAGUGUGGAUUUAGCCCCAUGCCAAGUGGGUCAGAGACAAAGGAAUGGUUAUGUCUGACCUGCCAGAUGCAAAGAGCCCUGAAACAAUCAGAGGAAGUUCAGCCUCCAGUGAAGAAACCUCUGGCAUCUCCAAACAAAGCAGUUGCCCCUGCUGUUGCUUCCCCUGUUACUCAAAAAGUAGAAGUGUCUGAGAAAAUAGAGAAAGACACUGCACAACAUAAGCCAGAAGAAACGAAGCUGCCGUCUAAAGUAACAACAGUCACUCCUACUUCAGUGAAUACAAAAGAGGUUCCAACAACUAAAGACACCAAAGUUGGAGUUCUACCUAAAGCUCCAGUGGACAAGGCAGGGGUUGAAGAGAAAGCUCAACCUGAUACUUCUGCACCUGCGAAAGUACCAGAAACUAAAGAGCUUAAAAAGGAGGAACAACCAUCUAAGCCGGCAGAGAAGAAACAACCCCAGCCAGACACAAAGAAAGAUGUAAAGACAGAAGAAAGUGCAACUAAAGAAGAUUCAGGAGGUUUCUUUGGCUUUGGUAGCCCUAAAUCUCAGCGUUCUGCCUCAAUAAUACCUGAACCAGUGUCCGGGAAGGUGCUAGGUUUUGGGUCAUCCCUCUUUAGUUCAGCUUCUACUUUGAUAUCUUCUGCAGUAAAGGAUGAAUCCCGCAGUACCCCGCCAACUUCAAGAAAAAUGUCUGCCCCUCCUCAGGUUUCUGACAAGACUCCACCUUCAAAAGAGUCUCCGAAGCCGAGUCCUCCAGUUUCUCCAAAAGUUGCUCCUGCAAAAGAUGCCAAAUCAGUUACCCCUCCAAAGGCAGCAGAAAAAGCAGAAGAUAAACCUCAAAAAGUUCUUGAAAAGGAGGGCAAAGAUGCCCCCAAACCAGAAUCUCCCAAACCUGUUUCAAAAGUGGAGCUCACUUCCUGCCCACUCUGUAAGGUGGAAAUCAACUUGUCUUCUAAAGAUGGCCGCAAUUACAAUACAUGCACUGAAUGCAAAAAUAUGGUGUGCAACAAAUGUGGAUUCAGCCCAAUGCCAACUGUAUCAGAGGUAAAAGAAUGGCUUUGUCUUAACUGUCAGAUGCAGAGAGCACUUGGGGCAUCUGAACCUCCUGGUCUCCCAAUGAUGAAACCUUCACCCAAAAAGGAGAUCAUCCCAACACCUCCAAUCAAGGAAAUUGCUGAGUCAGUCACAGAUAAAAAUAAGGCUGCUGAUGAAGUUGAAGAAAAGAAAUUGCCUUUGGAAGUUACGAAAAAAGCCCCAGAAAAGGCUCUCAAACCUCAACUACAGAAGGCUCCAUCAAUCACUAAACCAGUAGUUGAUAGCUUACCCACACAGAAGCCUGCACCUAGUAUUCCAACUCCUCCACCUGAUCAAGUUGAGGUCAAACAAUCAGCAGAGUCAAAAGAGGUAAAGAAAGAGAAACCUGUCCCAUCUACAGUUUCACCGACUCCUCCAAAAGACCUUGCUAAGGAAAAACUACCACCCGAACAACCAACCACAACGGUUCCUCCAGCUAUUCCUGUAGAAGCAAAGGCACCAAUCCAACAACCUUCUAAACCAACACCAACUGAAGCCUCCCCAGCAGCUCCUAAAGGGCCCGAAGUGGUCAGGCCUUCAUCAGAAGAGCCUCCAAAACCUUCAGCCAAGCCUGCUACUCCACCCAUAGAAACAAAGGUCACCACAGAACAUCCCCCAAAGCCUACACCGACUAUGGACAAACCAGUUCUGUCAGAGCCAUCUCCCAAACCUGAAGUGAAAUCUGUUGCUCCACCAGCUUCUACAGAAGUAAAAGCACCUCCUCAGCAACCUACAAAACAAGAACCAUCUUCACCCAAACCUUCUCCCAAAGCUCCAGUAGAAACCAAGGGACCCACAGCCCAAGCAGCAAAGCCUCCAAUGGCUGCCACUGCCAAACCUGUGCAACCAUCAGUGCAGCCCUCAAAACAAGAACCCUCUUCACCUAAACCUUCUCCCAAGGCUCCAGUAGAAACCAAGGGACCCACAGCCCAAGCAGCAAAGCCUCCAACUGCUGCCACUGCCAAACCUGCACAACCACCAGCGCAGCCUGCAAAACAAGAGUCUGGUGGUUUCUUUGGUUUUGGUGGUUCCAAGCCUCAGCCUGCAGCUCAGAAACCAGCAGAGUCAGUUACAGGGAAAAUGUUUGGCUUUGGAUCGUCUUUCUUGAGUUCAGCAUCAAACUUAAUAUCUACGGCAGUUCAAGAUGAGACUAAAACACCACCGACACCUCGCAAAAUGUCAGCAGCCCAAGUCUCUCCUAAAGCAACUCCCCCAGUCUCACCAAAAACUGUUCAGAAAGCUGAUGAGAAGAAACCACAAGAGAAGGUACCAGUGACCCCAGGCAAAACGGAUAAAGUCUCACCAGAGCCUACCAAAGCAGUGGCUGUUUCUAAAGUACCUGCAAAGACAGAGACGUCCUCCUGUCCCUUGUGUAAAGUGGAACUCAAUGUGGGCUCUAAGGACACUCCAAACUACAACACGUGCACUGAAUGCAAGAAAACAGUCUGCAACCAGUGUGGAUUUAAUCCCAUGCCAAAUGUGACAGAGGUAAAGGAAUGGCUGUGCUUGGACUGCCAGAUGAAACGGGCUAUUGGACCAUCAGAAGCCACUGGACUCCCUGCCAUGAAACCACUGGCACCAAGCAAAGAGCAGAAGGACAAAGCUGUUGCCCAAAAAGACAAGCCUUCGGAACCUCAAGUGAAGAAGGAGACCGUUUCGCCAACUCUACCAAAGAAGGAGGCACCCAAGGUCGAGCCGUUGGUGCCAGCAACGGUCCCAGAAGCUGCCCCUGCCCGAAAAGGCUCUUUACCAAAAACCCAGCAAAUUCCAACAACUCAACCGGCACCACCAGCGAAAGAUGCUCUCCAAAAGCAGCCACCAGGUGCAAAACCAGUCCAACCAACCCCUCCUACAAAGGCAGAGGUCAAAGAAGCACCUCCAAAGCAGGACACAACCAAACCCACAUCGGAACCUUCAAAACCCGCUCCGCACCCAGCAAAGGCUGCACCUCCACCUCAGGCUCCCAAGCAAGAAUCUGGUGGGUUCUUUGGAUUUGGCGGUCCCAAAACACAGCCAACCCCAGCUAAGACGGAAACAGUCACUGGCAAGAUGUUCGGUUUUGGGUCAUCAUUCCUUAGCUCUGCAUCAACCCUUAUCAACUCGGCUGUCCAGGAUGAAGCUAAAACAACUCCACCGGUGUCUCCGAAAAUGGCCCCAGCGAAACCCAAGCCUGAGCAACCACCGCAGGCAAAAGUUACGCCCCCGGUGGAGAAGAAAGUGGACAAAGUUCCAGUAGAGCCUGCGAAAGACAAAGUGGUUACGACAAAAGUAGCACCAUCAACCUGCCCACUCUGUAAGGUUGAGCUUAACAUUGGCUCCAAGGAUUCGCCUAAUUAUAACACAUGUACAGAAUGCAAGAACACCGUCUGCAACCUCUGUGGAUUUAACCCGAUGCCUCAUACAGCAGUGAAGGAAUGGCUGUGCUUGAACUGCCAGACUCAGAGGGCCUUGUCAGGAGAGCUUGGAGCUCCAGGGAAAAUGUCUCAACCGGCACCUCCAUCAGUCAAGACAGAAACCCAGGCUGUAUCACCAAGCAAAAAAGAAGAACCUACGCCAACAGAUACAAAGCCUGCACCACCACCUGUCAAAGCCAAGCCCGAAACUGCACCCAAACCACAAACCCCACCUUUGCCCACCAAGAUGGAAAAAGAGGUUACGAAGCCUACUCAGGUGUCUGAUAAACUUCCAGAUGGUAAGCCUGUCCCUCCAGCAAAACCCACCUAUGUUACACCUGAAAAGAAGCCAGUUGAAGUUCCCAAAGCAGUGGCAAUGGAAGCUAAAAAAGAACCAGAGAAACCCAAAGUGUCUGAACCAACUGACAAACCAAAAGUGGAGGUACCGGCUGCACCCGCUCCCGUCCCACCCACCAAGGCAACCGUGGCACCCAUCUCCAGUGUUCCGAAGUCUGAAGUGGCAGAAGUGGUGCCCGUGGCUCAGAAAAAGCCUUCGGAGGUGAUAACACUGGCGAAGGAUACAAAAGCUGUCAAAGAAGAAGAAAAGAUGCAAGAACCACAACCUGAAAAGAAAGUGGAACCUGUCUCAGUAGAUGACAGCAAGACCAAGGUUGCUGAUGUGGUCACUAAAGCUGCUGCAGUUACGGUAGUGAAAGAAGUUGAAAAGGAGCCAGCUAAAGAGAUUGAAAAGCCCUCUUUGCCAACGCAACAGGUUAAAGUGGAAAUAUCUCAGCCUAAAGGCGAUGAUGAAUAUGAACCCCAAGUUUUACCAAUAAGUGAAGAAAUAAAGAGUGCACAGGUGGUCGGUGAUGCAAAUGAGAAUACCAUUAAACAAGUUGAACCAGUGACUGCAAAGGAAGAAGUCAAAACUGAGAGGAGGCGUUUAAGUUUCCAAGCAAUGGAGGAGAGCAGUGAAAGUGAGCUCACACCUUCACCAAAGGUCCAGAGGAGAAGGCUCAGAGUCACCCACCUUUCAUCGAGCAGUGAGGAUUUGAAAACUGAGAGCGCAGAUUCAUCCGGGGAAGACGAGGAAUUCAUACGUGAACAGAUUAUGGGUAUGCGUGACGAAGAACACAUGUCACUUUCAGAAGACGAAAAAGAUAAAGAGGCAGAAGAUAUAGUCAGUGAGGUUGUGGUUGACAAUGCCGCACCCAUAACCAAACCUUCUCAACCCACAAGUAGUGAAGAAACUGCAGUUAAGCCAUUGCCUCAAACUACAACAAAACCUACUCAGGAAGUUACCGAAACUGUGUUCAAGAAAGCAACACCAGCAAUGAGGCAAAGACAGAGCACUGAUGAAGAAGUGGAGAGUAUCACAGAGUCAUUGUCCAAGGGCUCAUCCAGCGUUCAGGCAUCCAGCUUUACUCCAGGAUCCUCACCUACAUCAGCUUCUUCCAUAGAGGAGGACAGCGAUAGUAGUCCAAGUCACAGAAAAAUCUCUGACAAACCUCAUAAGAAGGGUAAACAUCGACAGCCGACACAGCCUCUUCCAACUAUUGAAGAUUCGUCUGAAGAAGAAAGGACAAGGGAGGAGGAGAGAUCAUGGAAAGAUAAAGAUGAAGGUGCAUCGUCUUCCGAAGAGUUACGGCAAGUUACUGUAUUAAGUGAUAAAUCAGGAUCCGACCACUCGGCCAGUGUGGAGUCAGUGGACAGGCAAGCUGUCCAAAGAGGCCGCAAACCUUCGCCAACAGUUAUACCGUUCACACCAGAGCCUUCCCCACAAAUAAUAACAAAAACUUUGAAGAGCGCUGACGAAGCUUAUGAAGAAAUCCUCCAGAAAGCAAAAGCUAUUCCGGGAGAGAGUCCACCUGAUAUUGAACCGAUGUACGGAGGAAUGCCAAUAGAAGACUACCUCUAUGAGUCACUAGUUGAAGAGCCUGAAAGGAUAUCUGGAAGUGACGAGCUCAAAAUUGACAUUGUCUCCGAACCAGAAAAGAAACUUAGAUCUCCAGAAGAGGUUUAUGAAGAGAUGAUGCAGAAAAAGCGAGAACUUAUGAUGAUCGAACAGGAGCUUCAUGAAGCCCAGACCUUGCUAGAAGCUUCAGCUGCUGCGGAGGCAGAGAGUUGUGUGGUCUCUAUGCCGGCUGAAGAGCCAUCUUCUCCUCCUCUAGGUGAGGGUGAAGAAUCCCAAACUGACAUGCAAGUUAAGAGGAAGAAAAGGCCAGCUCCACCACGGCCCACUGAGCCUCCAAAGCGUACUGAAGGGGCUGUUUACCCCUGUGGUCCUACUGGUAUAAGUUUUGUAAGGCCAAUGACUCCACAAGACCCUUCACUUUGCAAGGCACUAUUUCCUAUACCAGAUCUAAAAAUUACCCAAUGUUCUUCUGGGGAGGAAGAGGAGGAUAGUCUUGCUGAUGAGUAUGGCGUUGGUAUGUCUUCAGACAUUACACCUAGUGAUGAUUCUGACGCUAAAGAACCUAGCCCACCUUUGUCUGACAUUGCAGAAAUAGAGCCUAUCAGUGUAGUCUGUGAAAUACCAGAAGCAAAACCAAUUCCAGCUCCAAUAUCAGCUCCAGAGCUAACCUCUACACCUUCUCCUUUAUCACCUGUUUCACCACCAACUUCGCCUGCCUCCCCAGAGUCAAGUUUGGCAACAUCAACCUCUUCAUAUCAAGCUCAAACUCCUCCUUCAUUAGAUUCAACACCACUGUCCACACCUACUCCUCCGACAUCAGUUGUAACCCAGUCCCCACCAGGGGCGGUUUCUAUAAUACCCCUGAACAUAGCUACUGACCAAGCUUCAUCCACUGUUGUAGUUACAAUACCUGAUGUGGUGUCUGAACCUUCCAAACCUUCAUUUUCUGACUUUCAGAAAGACCAAGUUAAAGACAGAACUUCAGGUGUGGUAGAAACAUUAACUGCUGAACAGACCUCAGCUCAAAUGCCAGACUUGGUUUCAUCUCCGUCCCAGAUGCCAGUUGAAACUGUUACGCAGGUCACAGCAGCAACUGUAGAACCUACUGUAGUGUCAGUUCAAUCCACAACCGGGGCAGUUACAUCAGUUGUGGGACCAGCAGCUACUCGCCAAGCUGAUUUGCGUUCUGGAACUCCUGUUAUAGUGCAGAUGCCAGACUUGGUGUCAACAGCAUCUCCUGCAGUUUCAGCUAUUGUCACAAUCCCAUCACAAGCCCAGACAGCCGUUGUUCCCUCUGGCUUUGUCCAACCAGCUGUCCCAUCUGCAAGUCAAACGAUCCAAGCACCCAUUACCUCAACAACAAUAGUUAAACGAAAGGUCCCGCCUCCUCCACCUCCCCGAUCAACUUCAGUAUCUUUGCCUGAUGACAGAUUUCAACAGACAGUCUCUCCAGCUAUCACUACAGUCACUGCUGUUACAUCAAAGCCUACACAGCCAAUGCAGUCAGUAGUUGUAGACAUACAGCCGAGAGUAGAUGCUGGUGCUGAUACAACUCAGUUAGUUACCCCAACUAGACAAGGGCAUGUCAUGAUCAUUGUGCCUACUAAAGAAAAAGUAUCUCUUGAAAACCAAACACAAGACAGCAUCGCAGUUACCUCUGUACCUUCUACCCGUGACACAGUUACACAAGCUGCUAUUUCCUCAAAGGUGUCGGCUCCACCAGUUCCUCCUAAACCUGUGUUAGCAACAAGAGCUCCUUCUGAGGUAGCUGACACAGUAGAAAUAACUGUUGCCUAUAGUCCUCCACCGGCUUCAUCAACAUUACCUAAGCCUCCUGUUUCUCCCAAGCCUCAUAUGCCCAGUGUCAGUGUAUCUACAACAACCACCACACCUGUGUCCCAGGCCCCUGUAACAACCAGUAGUCCCAGUCAUAUGUCCAAGCCUCCUCCUCCUAUCCCACCAAAACCUGUUUCUAUUCCAGCUGGAUUGGUCUUUAGCCACAAACCAGGAGAAAGUGUCAAACCACCCUAUGCUAUUCCCAAAGCAGCGACACUUCCAAGAACAAAAGAACCACCAAAUGCACUUUCUCUUAGCAUUACACGGCCUGUGGAAUCAAAAAGUGGAGCAACAUCACCUAAAUCACCAGUAUCUCCAAGAUAUGCGAAAUGUGUUGAAACCUAUGUGGUCAUAACCCUGCCCUCAGAACCUACUGAACCUGGUUCACCACCAGAGGGUAUUACAGUUGUAGCACCUGUACGACGAGGGUCAACUCCUUCUACUAAAGUAUCAGAAGUGCGUGCCACACCAGCGGAGCAGAAAACCCCUUCAACAAAGGCAGCACCAAGGAGGUCAUCUGUGCCCACUGUGAGAUAUCCUUCGCCAACUCCACCUCCCACUGUGGUUAUAGAACAAGCGCCCCCUAAAGUGGUUCUUAGUGAAAUACAGCAGAAACAAGUCUCUGUUAUAUCUAUGCAACCUGCACAAUCUGUCAUUGAUGCUGCAGCAAUGCCAAGUAAAGAUACACCUAUUCAAGUGCAGAGUGUAGCUGUUCCAAUCAAGAAACCAUAUGUACAACUUGUAGAACAAAAGCCAAUUACACAGCCCGUACCAGCACCAGAAGUAAUUGUGUUGUCCUCUGAGCCAAUUAUUCCUAUUCAGCCACAGACAGUACAAGUAACAGCAAGAGCACAGCCUGUCUGUUCAGAAAAACCUACAGAAACAGUUCCUCAGGUCCCACCGACAACUGUAGAAGUACAGCCAGUACAGCCUCCAGAUGUUUAUGUUAAUAUACAAACUACUGACAUUACAACUGGUAUUGCUCCACAGUUGCCACAGGUUGAAACUUUUAUAGAAAUUCAAAAUGUUCCCCAGGAAGAACAGGCUGUAAUAGAAACACCACUAACAGUCUAUGAAACAGAUACCACGAUUGAGCAGCAGCAAUAUAAAGAACAUAUAAUAUCUGAUCAUCCAGAAGUCCAAAUGCCUUCUGUUCAGCAUCCACCUUCAGUCACUGAGGUAAAAGAUCAAGCUGUUAUUCUAAUGCCACCACCUACGGCGGCAGAAGUUAUGAAUGUAGUACAAGCCACCAUUCCUGAGACAACCCCACCAUCAACCCUGAUUGGGGUCCAGGAAGUGGUUGUGCAACCUAUGGCAGCUCCAAAUUCCUUUAUUGGAGAUAGUAUUCCUGACAUUGCCCCUCCUCUCAUGCAGUCUCCAACACCACCACUUGAAAUAAUAGCAUUGCCUUAUGAGAGACUCACAGAUGUCAAAACUGACGAUGUCUGGAGCACUACAAUACCAUCAGCAGCACAGCCUCAAACUGUGAUCCCUGUUGAAGUUUUUACAACAGAUGAAACAACUAGUAGAAGGACUUCAAUAACAUCUAUUCCACAGCCAAUAUUUGUCACAAGUCAGACAGUCCCCUAUCCUACAGAGUAUGAAGUACCUGCGCAAAUAAUUAAAACAGAGGAAUAUGCUGCCACCAGGAGGGCGUCCAUAACUCUACAACAACAAACACAAAGAGAUGAAGUGAUGUACAUGCCAACAGAGAGCAAUAUUUCAAUCACAAUGCCUGAAAGAUCUGAACCAAAACCAGUUUUUAUUUCAGAAUAUGAUCACACACAAAUAGAAGAUGACAUGUAUGGAAGGAGAUCUUCAGUACCGACACAAGAUAUCCCACAGGCUGUUUCCGCUUCUCCAGUCACAAUAACAAAAAUCCAACAGGAAUCUAUCGAAAGUCAGGAGAUCCGAGGACAAGAAAAGGUUGUCUCCAGUUUGAGCCAUGUGUAUUCUUCACAGAUUUCUACCUCAGGCCACCCUCCUGAAAGCAUGCCAAGCCUCGUCACUCAGGUUGUCACAACUGAAGUGCAAAGAACAACUGUCUCUGUAGUUCAUGAAAGAAUCCCGCAGGUUCCCCCUUCAAAUGUGGCAAUUACAAUUCAGCCUGAAAUUAGAGCCACACCUACUUCUCCAAAACAGAAUGGAAGGGUGUAUCCAGUUGAUGUGAUUGAUUUGCGCACUAUACGAGAUGGGGUAAAGAUGACUGAACAGGGAAUGGACUUGACUCCACCAGAAUCUGGUCGACAGUCAUUUUCAAGUGACUCCAGUUUGCGGCAAAUCACUGCAGUUCAGCCUGAGAUAGUGAACCUCAGUGCAGAAAUCACCCCCUCAACAACUUUAGCUGUUGUGACAGAUAGCAUCACAAUAGUCACUUGCACUGCCACCAUUGCCUCGUAUACCCCAGCAGAAAAACCUCUUGAUUUGCAGGGUUCUGUCACAUCAACCCCUCUUCCUCUAACUACUUACAAACCAUUUGAACCAUUAGCGCAGAUUGUGUAUAAACCUGUGAACACAGCACCUCCAACCAGUAUGGUAACAUCCACCGUUCAAGACUUACCGAUGAACCUUUCUUAUGGAGCUAUAGUCUCUUCUGAAGCAAAAUCUCCCUCAGCACCAGUAAUUUCCAUAGAGACAAACGGCGCCAUAGAUUUGUCAAACUACAAACCAAUGCGAGCUAUAGUGGCUUUGUCUAGUACAAGUCCUGGAGUAACUACCACCGUGAUUGAAGAUGAUGAUACUCCGAUUGACCUGACAGCUGGAAGGAGGAGCGUGUGCUGCGAUGUAAUAUAUAAGCUCCCGUUUGCGGGUAGUUGCGGCGCUCAACCUGCAGUCACUACCCAGCCGGACAGCCAAUACCAGCAGGAUAGUACAGGGUUGUACAGUAUCAAAGGCAUGAAUGGGAUGAAGGUGUCACUGUCAGAAACCAAUGUUCCAGAGGUGGCAUUGGUUCCAUAUGAUCCAACCAAAGACUAUCUCAAUGGUUCAGCGGAUGGAGCCAUAGACCUCACUGCUGCUAAACUUGCUGGUAAACCCUUGGACUACACUAGCAAAGCUGCUGGAGGUUACCCUGCACUGGCUACUUCCCCUUAUGGUCAAAGUCUUUCCGCUGGCUUCGGCGUAAAUAGUGCUAUAAGAACUUCUGAUGGAAUGGUAUACACCUCAGUCGCAGCUCCUGUCCCUUCAACUUAUGCUAUCACCACUCAACCAGGGUCUAUCUUUAGCACAACCCAUAGUCCUAUCGCUGCAAACCUAAAUCAAGCUUUAGUCCCUUACCAGUUAAUCCCAACUACCGAUCCUGGUCAGAUUAUUCCUUACGACACUGGGCUACCUAAGGAACUUCUACCAACCGCUCUAGCUGACAUCAUUACAGGCUAUCAAGAGAUGUAUUCAGACACCACUUUAGAAGCUAUUGCUGCUUCUUUGGAUGCCCUCGCUACCUCUCCAAUAUUCCCAGGCUUGGACAGCACCAAAAUGGCCCAGUAUCAGAUGGAAAGAGAAUUCCUUGAAUUAGAAAAGCUAAAACAGAUAUGCCUUGCCGAAGAGCUGGAGUGGGAGAGGCAGGAGAUUCAGCGUUACCGAGAACAAGAGCAACUGAUGGUCCAGAGAGAACUGGAAGAACUGCAGGCUUUGAAACAGCAACUACUUCUGCAGCAAGAGGAGGAACAUCACGCUCAUAUGGUGGCCCAGCAGGAGACAUACGCCCAGCAGAAAGAGCAACUACAGCAGAUUCAACAGCUCCAACUGCAGCUUCAGAGGCAACUAGACGAGCAUUACGGCACCAACACGGCUCAUCUCCUUGAAGCCAAAUAUGCAGGUGUAGGGGACAGCGGUCAAUACUGGCCUGUGAAAGACGAAUCCUCAACUCCAGCCAUAGGGGUACAGUUAGAGGGUAGUCAGGAUCAGUUACACAUCAAAAAGCUUCAGGCUGACCAGGAUACAGGAAAAAAGAUUAUCGAUAGCGGAGUGCACUCAGAUGAUGAGGAUUCAGAAAAGCAAGCAACAAGCAGUUUAGGAAGGAGAAAGAAGACGAAGCGAACCUCUGAUAGUUCGCCUCCGACGGACGACGAAGAUGACUGGGAUACUCCAACCAAAUCCCGCCGGCGUUCACGAAAGCAUAGCAGCGAAGGCAAACAUGGUUCCAAAGUGUCAAGUAUAGCAAUACAGACGGUAGCUGAGAUUUCCGUACAAACAGAUCAUUCCGGCUCAAUAAAACGGCCAGUUUUGGAUACUAAAGUUGAAAUAAUUAAACAUAUCUCAGCACCAGAGAAUUCCCAGAGAGGUGGGAGUCUGAGCUGUCAAACUGAGAGGCACCAACCAAUCGAGGUGGGAUACAGCACUCACCUAACAGCAGAUGGGCAAUGCAAGUCCAAAGUUUUCUAUGGCUCUGUCUCACCUGUGUCACCUGAGAAGUCCCUAGGAGGGCAAAGGAUGCUGAUGGCAGAUCCCAAUCGGUUUUCCUCUGGUCCACGGUCACUGAAACCUGGUCAGAAGUCUCUAUCUGAUCCCAAAUCCCUUAGUCCUACAACUGACGAUAGGAUGGGCUACUAUGGAGAUGGCUAUUCCGGCCGAGGUUCUCCAUCCAGUACAGGGAAGAAGGUCAAGAGAACCCUGCCAGACCCACCACCAGAAGAGGAGUCGGUGUCUGGGCGGUCUGGCUACAGCACAAACUCUGCCAGGAGAAGACUGGCAAGAAGUACGACCAUGGCCCGAGCGAAGAUCUUACAAGAUAUUGACAAGGAACUCGACCUGGUAGAGAGAGAAUCCUCCAAACUGCGCAAGAAACAGGCUGAGCUCGAUGAAGAAGAAAAAGAGAUUGAUGCUAAGUUACGGUACCUGGAAAUGGGUAUCAACCGACGCAAGGAGGCAUUGCUGAAAGAGCGUGAGAAGAGAGAAAGGGCCUAUCUCCAAGGGGUGGCAGAGGAGCGGGAUUAUAUGUCAGACAGUGAAGUCAGCAACAUCAGAGAGGAGAGGGGAGAGGGUCUGGAACGCCCACGGACCGCUCCCCAAUCUGAAUUUGACCAGUUUAUCCCCCCGCAGACAGAGGCUGACUCCCAGUACAACACCCUAACCAGCCCAUACUCCCACUACGCUCAGUAUGUGCCCCAAACUCAGACCACCAGUCACUACACUCAGCAAGGGCUCUACCAGCAGCAGUCUCUAUACCACCAACAGGUUUCUCCUUAUCAGAAUGUCCCCACUCUGUCACUGUCCCAGGCUCAGCCCAGCAGUUACCAACACGCUCUGCUCCUGCAACAAGGGAAGCAGAGGCAGACCACCUUGUCCGACCUAGAGCCUAAAAUGGCCACCAACUAUGAGGUCAUUCGCAAUCAGCCCCUGCUCAUUGUGCCCACCUCCUCAGAGAGUGGGUAUGGAGUGGCGCCCCUAGGAAGUAAGUUUGCCAGUCUGGACUUAAGACUUGGACUGGAGGAGAGGAGCAUGGCGUCCAGUCCCAUGUCGAGCAUCUCUGCCGAUUCCUUUUAUGCAGACAUAGAUCAUCACAACGCCAGGAACUAUGUGCUCAUAGAGGACAUAGGGGAGCUGACCAAAGCCUCCAGUGGCAUGGGGAGCUCCGGCUUCAGUCUGCCCGAUAAGGAGCUAUCCAAGGCGGACAGACUGCUCCGAGCAGCAGAAGUCAGACGCACCGCAGAGAUGGCUGAUUUUUUAGGAUCAUCGCGACUUCAAGGUUACAGUAAAGGGGAAGAUGACACCAUGGAAGAGCCCUAUGAGCUGAAGCUACUGAAGCAGCAAAUAAAGCAGGAGUUUAGGAGAGGGACAGAAGGAUUGGAGCAUCUCACAGGCCUGGGCCUGCCACAGUAUCUCCAUAGCGACCCCACUUUUCGUCACUUCCCAAAAGGUGAGAAAUACAGCAUUGGCAGACUCACACUUGAAAAACAGGCUGCAAAGCAGCUCCCCGCAGCAGUACUAUACCAAAAACAAAUGAAAAACAAAAAGGCCCUUUUGGACCCAAAAGCCAUCAGUAAAUGUUCCCCAAUCCAAGAGAGUAGGGAUCUGGAGCCGGACUAUGCCAGUUACAUGGGAUCAGGGGCGUCCUCUGUGACUAACCUGGCAGCUCGGGCCAGGCUGCUCCAGGAUGAAAUCACCUUUGGUCUGAGGAAGAACUUGGCGGAGCAGCAGAAGUAUUUGGGAUCGUCUCUGGGGGCAAACUUGGCUGGCUCCCUGAACCUUGGCCAGAGUCUGGGACUGGGCACAGCUCUGGAUGGCACAUACCCCAGUGGCUCACGCUCCCGGCCCUCUUCACGGCCCUCUUCCCGUCCCUCUUCAGUGUAUGGUUUGGACCUGUCAAUCAAACGAGAUCUGUCCAGCUCCUCCCUCAGACUCAAACCAGAGGGGGAUGUCCUGGACGCAGCCUUUGCCCCGGGGGUGGCCAGAACCAAACCCACUAGUUUACCCAUCAGCCAGAGCCGGGGCCGCAUCCCCAUAGUGGCUCAGAACUCAGAGGAGGAAAGCCCCCUUAGCCCGGUGGGGCAGCCCAUGGGCAUGGCCCGGGCCUCUGCGGGGCCCCUGCCUCCCAUCUCCGCCGACUCCAGGGACCAGUUUGGGUCGAGCCACUCUCUCCCCGAGGUGCAGCAGCACAUGAGAGAGGAAUCCCGCACUCGUGGCUAUGACCGGGACAUGGCGUUCAUCAUGGAUGACUUACAGGGCGCUAUGUCGGACAGUGAAGCUGGAGGCCCAAACUGGAAUAUAGAAGCUUACCAUCUGAGGAGGGAGGACACGGACUGGUUUGAUAAGCCCAGAGAGGGACAUCCGCAGAGUGGGCACGUGGACAGGAGACAGAUGAAACUGGUGCCAUAUGCCUUCCCACACGCUCGCAUUAAGCUCCAAAGAGACCAGAGGGACUGCAGCGUCUCAGGGAACGGCCUGGGCAUCCGUGUGGUGGGCGGAAAGGAGAUCCCAGGCAGCAGAGGGGAGAUCGGAGCCUACAUCGCAGCAGUCAUCCCUGGAGGAGCGGCCGAGCAGACAGGCAAAGUCAUAGAGGGCAUGCAGGUGCUGGAGUGGAACAGCCUCCCGCUGACAGGAAAGACCUACGAGGAGGUGCAAUGCAUCGUGGGUCAGCCGUGUGCCGAGGCGGAGCUCUGCGUGCGCCUUGACCUGAACAUGCUGUCUGACCCCGAUCACCCACAAGUGUUGGAGCACCAGCUUAAAUCAAGUGGCCAGCGCUCCCCGGGUGUUGACCCAAAGCAGUUGGCGGCGGAGCUCCAGAAGGUGUCCCAGCAGCAGGGUCCUGGGAUGAUGGGAGCACCCAUGGGUCCUGGGGGUUUGGGGGUGCUCUCAGCUUUAGAACGCUCCGCCCUGCUCCAGUCUGGUCCAGGGUCAGCCGCCUCCAGUGGGGUACCCAGCCCGGGCCAGCCUGCCUCUCCUGCCAUCAACAAGAAACAGAGGCACAAGGCGACUGAAGUCCCCAGAACACCUCACCCCAUCACCGGCGAGAUCCAGCUCCAAAUCAACUAUGACAGGAACCUGGGUAACUUGAUAGUCCACGUACUCCAGGCCAGGAACCUCGCCCCCCGGGACAAUGACGGCUACUCCGACCCCUUCGUCAAAGUCUACCUGCUCCCGGGACGAGGACAAGUCAUGGUUGUCCAGAAUGCAAGUGCCGACAACAAGCGCAGGACCAAAUACGCUCAGAAGACCGUCAACCCCGAGUGGAACCAGACUGUCAUCUACAAGAACAUCCACCUGGAGCAGCUGAAAAAGAAGACUCUAGAGGUGACCGUGUGGGACUACGACAGGUCCUCCUCCAAUGACUUCCUGGGAGAAGUGCUGAUUGACCUGUCCAACACCUCUCAGCUGGACAACAUCCCGCGCUGGCUUCCUCUGAAGGAGCAGAGCGAGAGCAUCGAGCACAGCCGGGCCCACCACGCAGCCCAGGGGCCCUCGGGAUCCGGGCCAGCGUCAGGGCCAGGGCAGGGCCACAUGUCGGGGGCCGGGAUGGGACCAGGGAGCAGCCACGGAGGGCUGGGUCACACCUCGGGGCAGGGUGACGGCACUCACGACUCACCCAAAAACUCUGUCAUCAAAAGCCGCAGCCACGGAAUAUUCCCUGACCCAGCCAAAGACAUGCAGAUGCUGCCUCUGGAGAAGUCCCACAGCAGCCCAGGCAGCUCCAAAUCCUCCUCUGAGGGCCAGCUCCUGUCCCACGGCCCCUCUCGCUCCCAAAGCAAGAGCAGUGUCACCCAAGCCCACCUGGAAGACGCCGGCAUCGCCAUAGCAGCCGCCGAGGCCGCAGUGCAACAGUCCCGCUUGCAACCAAGACCUGGACACCGACUGGCUGAUGUCUCUGGCUCGGUGGUCCUGUCUGCUCCCAGUCUGGUCGGAGACGCAUAUGGAGACGGAGAGGACGGGGCGGGCAGCGGGGUGGACAGUGCCAUCUUUCAAGUCCCACGCAUGAAGGCAAUUCCCAACGGCACUGACAAGCAUCACAUCGUCACACCAGAAAAUGAAGGUGGGAAAGUGCAGGUGAUGGGGGAGAUCAAAGUGGCUCUGAAGAAGGAGGUGAAGACAGAAGGAGACCAGCUGGUCCUGGAGAUCCUCCAGUGCAGAAACAUCACAUACAAGUUCAAAAGCCCCGACCACCUCCCAGACCUGUACGUGAAGCUGUACGUGGUGAACGUGGCAACACAGAAGAGGAUCAUCAAGAAGAAGACCAGAGUGUGCCGCCAUGACAGAGAGCCGUCCUUCAAUGAGACCUUCAGGUUCCCCCUCAACCCCACCGGACAUUCCAUACAGCUUUUCUUGGUGUCCAACGGUGGCAAGUUCAUGAAGAAGACCCUCAUCGGAGAGGCCUACAUCUGGCUGGACAAGGUGGACAUGAGGAAACGGGUGGUUAGCUGGCACAAGCUGUUAGCUAGCACCGCGCUAACCAACCCCUGA